GGGGAGGGGGUGGCAUGGCGGGCAAGGAUGACACCGGAGUUCGACGAAGAAGUGGUGUUUGAGAAUUCCCCACUGUACCAAUAUCUGCAGGAUUUGGGACACACAGACUUUGAAGUAUGCUCCUCAGUGUCACAGAAGGCAGAGCAAUGUGCAGCAGCAGAAAGCCAAAGGGAGCAGACUGUGCGUGCUGCCCAGAAGCAAGGCAUCCUGUCAAAACUAGUUGAGUUUUUUAGAAGCUGGUUUCCUUUUCCACUGUAUAAGAAAAACGAUGACAUACUUCACCGUCUGGAUAUUGGAUUUCGAUUUGACACGCUCCGUACCAUCCUGCAACAGGAAGUUCUGCUGCAGGAGGAUGUGGAACUGAUUGAAUUCCUUGACCCCAGUAUCCUGUCUGCAGGGCAGUGUAAGCAACAGGAAAACAGACAGCUUCCAACGCUACGCUCCCUAGCAACUCCUAAUAUUUGGGAUGUCUCGUUGUUCCUAGCCUGUGUAAGUGCACUGCUUAUGUUUCCUUCGUGGUGGAAGGAAUCAUCAUGGCUGCUGUGCGGACCGGGGCUGCUCCUCUAUGCAGUCUGUAGAGCGUGGGGCACGUGGAGGACAGCCAAGCUGCAAAUGUCCCUGCGAAAAUACUGUAUCCAGCUGGAAGAAACAGUGGCCAAUAGCCGAGCCUUCACUAAUCUCGUGAGGAAAGCUCUACGACUCAUUCAAGAGACUGAAGUGAUUUCCAGAGGAUUUACCCUUUUGCUUGACAGGGUCAGUGCCGCUUGCCCAUUUAAUAAAGCUGGACAGCAUCCUAGUCAGCACCUGCUCGGCCUCCGCAAAGCCGUGUAUCGAUCCGUCAGAGCCAACUUCCGAGCUGCAAGACUGGCUACUCUGUACAUGCUGAAAAAUUACCCUCUGAACUCGGAGAGUGACAACGUGACCAGCUACAUCUGUGUGGUCCCCUUUAAGGAGCUGGGUCUGGGGCUGAGUGAAGAGCAGGUCUCUGAAGAGGAAGCACACAAUCUGACUGAUGGCUUCAGCUUGCCUGCACUUAAGGUCCUCUUUCAGCUGUGGGUAGGGCAGAGUUCAGAGUUUUUCCGGAGGCUGGCGCUGCUGCUGUCCCCGGCCAACGCGUCCCCCAAGCCCUUGGUGUCCCCGGAGCGGCUGCCCCACCACAUCCUGUGCGAUGUCACGCAGGGCCUACCUCACACACACGCGGCCUGCCUGGAGGAGCUCAAGAGGAGCUACGAGUUCUAUCGCUACUUCGAGACUCAGCAUCAGUCGGGCUGGCAGUGGCCAGCCAGGACCAAGCAGGAGUCCAGAGAGCUGAACAGUCUCCAGACAGCGGUACGCAGCUUGCAGCUUCAUCUCAAGGCACUGCUCAAUGAGGUGAUAAUUCUUGAGGAUGAACUUGAAAAGCUUGUUAGCACUAAGGAGACACCCGAGUUGACAACAGAAGCCCAUCAGGCUCUGGAACAAAAACUAAAGUUUAUUCAGCCUCAUAUCCAAGCAAGCAACAGCUGCUGGGAAGAAGCCAUUUCUCAGGUGGAAAAGAUGAGUGGAAGAAACCCAAAUAAAAAAGGCAAAAUAGAAGUUUCCUGUGACAACCUACAGCAUACUACAGUACCUUUAACACAGCCUGCCAUAUACAUAGAAAACAAAGACCCAAUCCCUGAAGAGCAGGAACUGGAAGCAUAUGUUGAUUAUUCAGAUACAGAUAAUGAAUACAAAAGGGAAGAUUUUUACUGCUUCUCCCAAGAAGAAAGAGAGAGGCAAGAGCGAGAGAGACAGGAGUCUAAGAGGGUGUUACAAGAAUUGAAAUCUGUACUGGGAUUCAAAGCUUCAGAAAUUGAAAGACAGAAGUGGAAACAGCUACUGUUCAGUGAACAUGCUGCAGUGAAACCCUUGUCUCCUGUAGAACCAUUGAAGCUACUAAAUAAUGUGGAAUCACAUGUGAAUUCAGAUACAGAAAAGCAGGACUGCAGCCAAAGCUGUGAUAAAUCUGAAGAAAAAGACUCUAAUCCAGAAGUGAAUGCUGCUGAUAAAAGCAGGACAGAAUAUUUGUAUGAAGAUCCUGAGAUGGAGAAAAACAAAGACAGUACUGCAGAUAAAGAUGUUUCUACGGGGGCUGAAGAAAGAAUGUAUUAUCAGUGUGAAGGGGAUGCUGAAGAGCUCAAGCCAAGCAGUGUGGAUGGAGUAGAGGCUUCACAGCCUUCCUCUAAGGAUGCAUUACAUUCAAAAAUCAAGGAUAGGCUGGCCCAGCUCCACAUAUCAACAGAUUUUAACUUCACAUCUGGUCUGGCUGCACAAGUUGCUGCCAGGUCUUUCACUUUUACUACAAUGCAGGAAGAGACUUUUGGAGAUGAUGGGGAGGAGGAAGAGGAGGAGGAGGAAGAAAAGACACAGGAGAAUGAAGACCUUGUGGAGAACUGUGAAAAUGAAGAGAGAGGCUCUGAAAGUGAAAGAAAAGUAUAAGUCUGAGCUGAACUUUAUUAAAUCAACAGCAGGCAGUUUGAUGGAAAAAACUAAGGUGGGGGGUUGAAGCUGAAAAUACUGGAUGGAAAAAAAAGGAGACCUAAAUAUAAUACAUCAUGUUCCCUAAGACUGAUACACUAAAUAGGACUUCUAAGUAUGUUGAAAAAUUGCAGGUAAGAGAAGUUUAGGCUGCAUCCAAGAAAUAGAUGGGCUGUUCCCUUUUUAAAAUCCUAGUGAUGGGGAAUUUACCUUUGUGUUUUCUGUUUUAUUUAUUUAUAUUAUGACAUAUUGUAGUUGUUUCUAAAAAGAAGGAAAAACAAUGUUUUGAUUUACAACAGACUCCGGUUUUUUGCUCUCUGAUUCUUUUGUCAUGGUAUCAAUGUUUGUUCCAACAAAAAAGUCAGGACAUUUCUUUUGGAAGAAGCUGAACUGUUCCCUGUGAUCUUCCUCCACCACUUUUGUUUCACUUCUUGUGUCUGCAGUGCAUUGGCUAAGCCACAAUAGGCAUUUGUGAUUCUCUGACUAGUGAUGUGGCACCCAGCUAAAAUGUAGAAUUUUAAAUAAAAACUUGAAAGAACUAGUAUUUGAUGUAUCCUGGGGUAUGGGGCUGAAAUAGUAUAAAGUUAGUCAUGCUUCAUAUUAAGGUUCACUUAGAAUUUUAUGAAGGGUUAAUAAAUGAUUUCUGCAAGUUUGUAAUUCGUGUUAGAGAAAUGUGUUGCAAGUAAAUUUUAGGGAAGGUUAUAAGCACAUCAGUAGAAAGUACUAUAGACAGCGAGAAACUGUAUGUUGGAUUGACAGAGAUGAGAAGUAAACACCUAUUUAUUAAGCCAGCUGUUAAUUGUUUAUUAACCUUUUGUAAACUGAACCUUAAUGUAAUUGUUUGAUUUGAUAUAAUGAUUGAUUGUACGUUUUUGUUUAUGUCUUGAAGUAAUUUUCUUAAAGGACAUUAUCUGAGAGCUUAAUAACAUGCAGUAUUUUGUUUGAACACC